AUGGUUGCUUUAGCUGCCCUCCAGGCUCUGGCUUUGUUCCUCUUCCUCUCUGCAGGAUGUGGUGUGAGCGUGGCGGAGACGUUGGUGACCGUGCGUAGAGUCAGACACCCCUCCGUACGGCAGCCCCUGGCAGGCACUGCUCUCUUGCCUUGCGUCUUCACCCUGCCGCUAAGCCCCUCCCACAGGGGCAAGACCCCCCACAUCCACUGGAUCAGAGCCUGGGAGAGCCCGAGCCCCGAGGGACCCAGACAGAGGCAGAGGACCGUCCUCUCUGCCAAAGAUGGAGUGGUCAGGGUCCACAAAGCCUUCGCUGGCCGCGUCAGCCUGCCCGAAUACGCAGCCAACCCCCUCAACGCCUCCCUGCUCCUCACUGAACUCCGCUCCAAUGACUCGGCUGAGUUUCGCUGUCAGGUCGUUGUGGGAGACAAUUAUGAACAAGACAUGGUGUCCUUAGAGGUCACAGGAGUUGUGUUUCACUACCAGCCGACUGGAGAGCGGUACUCCCUGACGUUUGCUGAUGCCCACCGUGCCUGCCAGCAGAGCUCUGCACAGAUUGCUACACCAGCACAGCUGUGGGCAGCUUUUCACGGUGGUCUGGACAACUGCGCUGCUGGAUGGCUCUCGGACCAGACUGUCAGAUACCCUAUCCAGUCACCAGAGCUUGGUUGCUAUGGACACACAGAAUACGCUGGUGGGGUGAGGAAUUAUGGGAAACGAGACCCCAGUGAACUGUUUGAUGUGUACUGUUUUGCCAGUGAAUUGGAAGGUGAGGUGUUCCACUCUUCUGUGCCAGGAAAGCUGACCCUGCCCUCGGCCGCCGGUCACUGUGCGUCUCUCGGGGCGCAGCUCGCCACGACUGGGCAGCUCUACCUUGCCUGGAUGUCUGGGCUGGACCACUGUGAACCAGGCUGGGUGGCUGAUGGCAGCGUGCGCUACCCCAUCACAAAACCCCGGCCUGGGUGCGGGGGAGACAAACCAGGAGUCCGCAGUGUCGCUCCCUCAGAGUUUGGGAAUGGAACAGCGCUAUUUGAUGCGUACUGUUACAGAGGUACCCGGUCCCUGAAUCCCGGUCGGUCAGUGCCCACAGAUGCUAGUCCAUCUUCUCAGCCUUUAAACUGGACUGGAAAGGUGGACCUGGACAAAGAACCCAUUAUCUCUACAAUAGAUGAUGAGUCUUCAGAAUCAUCUGCAGAGUAUGUGAGCCUUCACCUAAGACCAGGAGACACCUCUCUGGACUGGAGUGGGCAGUUGGACUCCUCAUCCUCAGAGAGACAAAAGGUAGUUGUAGGUCCAGACUCUGUGGAGAGCCCCGGCGGGUCGGCCAAAGAGGAAGAGGACGGCGAGGGGCUUUCAGGUCAGUCUGUAACUCCUGAGGUCAAAGCCUCCUCAGUACCCGGACAGAAAAAGGGCAAAGACUCUCUCACCAAGAUCGUGAACUCCUUCUGGAAACCUUGGAACUACCUGACUGGGAAUGAGGGUGAAGGACAAGAGGUAACUGAAAGCCAUGUAACCAUAGCAACAACUGUGCCGGACAUCAAGACCUCUGUAUCUCCAAGACCAGGUCUGCUGUCUUGGUGGGGUCGCACAUGGCAGGCAAACCCUUUUUCGUCCUUUGAUAAAUCGUCUUCCUCAUCCGGGGCCGAAAGCACAGCGGCUCCGUCGGCAUUCCCGCUCACCAUCACGGAUGAUGGAUGGAGCGCGGGACAGGCGAAGGGACCGGAGCGAGGGUUCACCAUGGCAACCGGAGAAUGGGCAGUAGUCCCAGAGAUUACGCAGCAGCAUGGCAGAAGCCUUGACCUGAAGGGCGGCAAACAGAGAAAAGAGAAUCCCUCAGUGACAAAUGAGCACAAAGACAACGUCAGGAGUCCUGAUACUCAGAGUGCCAGGGGCAGAAUAAUAGGAGCUCCAGACAAUUACUCAGGAGAGAGCAAAGGUCAGGAGAUGGAGGGAAGUACAUGGGGGGACACUCUCUUGUCUAGUCCCACUUCCAAAACUUUGCUCGUGGUAUCAUCAACCACGUUACCCAGCGGUGGGCAAAGCUCCACCACUCCCCGGGGAGAGGAGGACAGGGAGCCUGCUGAGGCUAGAGGAGAGGUUCAGUACAAACGCAAAUCAAAGUCCAAAAACCCGGCAGUUAACAAACCAUCCAGAGCAGGCUCUCAGAAUCCAGAAGCCACCUCACCAAUGCCAAACCCCAGAUCCUCUGCGGGGCCUCAAGCAGACGUAGGGAGCCAGUCGGUCCAGCCGACCCAGAGCCCCGGGCCAACCACUUCUGCGUCUCCCAGCAAAGCCAAGGGCGAAGAACCAGUCCAAGUGUCAAGCUCUGGACCUCUGCUGCGUGGCAGCCCAGAGAACGACCAUGCCAAAACAGGGGUCAUUAGAAACAACAACACACACAGAUCCGGAGAUGAGGACAGAUGCAGCUGUCUACAUGGAGGGACAUGUCUCCCUCAGGGGGAGGGUUAUCGCUGUUUCUGUCCACAGGGCUACACUGGAGAGAGCUGUGAGAUCGAUGUUGAUGACUGCCAGUCAAACCCCUGUCAAAAUGGAGGCACAUGCAUUGACAAGGUGGACUCCUUCACCUGUCUCUGUCUCCCCAGUUACAGUGGAGACAUGUGUGAGAAAGACACAGAAGGUUGUGAGCAUGGCUGGAGAAAGUUCCACGGGCACUGUUACAGGCUCUUCCCACGCCGACACACCUGGGAAGACGCAGAGAAGGACUGCCGUGAACACAGCGGUCAUCUGACCAGUGUUACAUCAACACUUGAGCAGGACUUCCUCAACAGUUUGGGCCAUGAUAAUGUGUGGAUUGGGCUGAAUGACCGUACUGUAGAGGACGACUUCCAGUGGACUGAUAACAUGGAUCUGGUGUAUGAGAACUGGCGUGAAAAUCAACCGGAUAAUUUUUUCGCUGGUGGUGAAGACUGUGUGGUGAUGAUCUCUCGAGAAGAUGGAAAAUGGAACGAUGUCCCCUGUAACUACAACCUGCCCUAUAUUUGCAAGAAGGGAACGGUGAUGUGUGGAACCCCACCUGCAGUGGAGAAUGCUUACCUGAUUGGACGGAGGCGGUCACACUAUGACAUCCAUUCUGUAGUGCGUUACCAGUGUGCUGAUGGCUUCUUCCAGAGACACAUUCCCACUGCCAGAUGUAGACCAAAUGGAACAUGGGAACGACCUAAGAUUAUCUGCACUAAGUCCCGGAGGUCUCACCGUUACCGUCGACAACACCACAGAUCCCACCGUGACCAUCGGAGACAUCGGAGACACGGAGCUGGGGGCCACAGGGGCCACAAUUAG